GGGGAAAAGAUAAGAGAGAGAAUAUAUUUUUACUUGAUGUUUCACUUAGUUAAAAAUUUGCGAUUGUUCAAAUAUUUAAACUAAUUGACAUGGUGCACCUAGAAAUAAGUGAUUUGCGACUUUUUCAUUUUAUGUAAACAUAUAGUUGAUAAAUUGGAAAGAACUCCUAGUCCGUGAGUUGAUACUUAAAAAGUUCAUAAAAGUUGAUAUUCGGAAAAUACAACGAAUUUUAGAAUAUCGCCUAUGGAGUAUUUUGAAAUGGAUGGAAUACUGAGCUUACUAAUCAAACCGACUGUUAACAUCAGCAGCAUUUGCUGAAUUUUCUUCUUCAAAUUUAACUCUACAGUCGUCGUAAUUCAAACCAACCAACAUUCUCGAUUAAUGGAUUCACCUUCGUCAUCAUCAUCAUCAUCGUCCUCUGAAUCACCAUCAUCUGAAUCACAAUCAUUAUCAUCUAAUGAAUCGAGAGCAAAAGCAUCACAUCAUAUGGUACUACUACGGUGUUCAUUAACAUUAGGGUUUAUGUUCAUCUGCAUAUUUUUUCUCUCCUAUACUUUCGGCUUCUUCGCUUUACUCUUCUCCAAUUUCUCAAUUCCUCCUCCUAUUUCUGUUCCUUCUCAAUGCAAAAUCGUUUCCACCAGUGUUGACUUGAGAUCAUCAAAGAUAUGUGAACUUGGGCUACUUAAUUAUAAGGCCAAGCGUGUUUUUUACCCAUCUGAAAGAAGGAAGUUUCGCUGUCAUUAUGAUUACUAUUGGGCUUCUAUAUUUAAGGUGGAAUAUAGAUUCUCAGGCCAAACAUUUCUUGGUCUGGCAGAAGCUCCAAAGGAAGCUCUUCCUAGUGAUUGCCGACCUAAUUUUUCUACUGCAUGGUUGACUAAACAUAUGCUAAAGGUGAAUGAAACCUACGAUUGCUGGUAUACCUCUGGGCGAUCAAAAGUUGAGAUUUUUCACGACAGUUACUUUGGUUGCCAAGCAAAAGAUCCAUCAUUGUCUGAGAUGAUGAAAAGAUGCUCCAUACUGUUCACAAAGAUGAUGCAGUCAUGGUCAUCCGGUAAACUUAGAUCUAAACGCAUGGGAUGGGAAGUGAUAAUAGGUGUCAUUAGUGGGUUUCUCAUUGCCAUGAUUUCCUUUACCUUGUUUACACUCUGUGGUCAAUUGUUAUGUUCGAUUCCUAGAGCUGCAGCAGCAAGGGCAAACUCACUAAUACAUCGGGUGAUUUUUUCUCGGAUUUUUUUGCUUGUGACAUACUUUUCCAUUGUAAGCUGGUUAGCAAUUCAGUAUGGUAAAAGACUUGGCCUCCCCGAAUUCUUUAUAGGUUACUAAUAAUCAACAGCAUAUAUAUAAAGUGGGUGAUUCCCUGUGCGAGCUCAAAAAUUGCAGCAAUUUUGGCACAUCAAGAGAAUUUUAGAAAUCAAAAACUGCCCUUAAGGAUAGAACAGGUUACUGCACAAAUCUUUCGAGCAAGUGACUCCGCAAGCAAGAAACUGUCAGUGUAUAAUAUUAGCUUGUACUCGUAAUAAUGUAAUAUAGAACAAGUCGUCUGAUCAGGUACCAAGUCUCUCAUGUAUUCAUGGACCAAGCAAGAAUACGGUGGAAAGUGCUUUGGUGUAGCUAUCUGUACGACUGUACAUGUACUAAACCCAGAUAUUUUUCAGAAAAAAAACCUAGGUAUACUGUAUUCAUAUUUU